GCGGCUGUUAGAGCGUCGCUGUGCUGCGGAGGACGCUGGUUAUAAAGCGGAAGAUGGCGACUGUUUGGAGGCUGCAGAGGAAUCUCCGGAGCUGAUACCGGGCAGGAGGACAGGAAAGAUACACGCUCAGAACGCUGAAAAGAAGACGUCUGAAACAUCGACAAUAAUGUCCCGCUCCCCUGACAAUGAAGAUGGAUACUUUGUUGCCAUGGAUACAGAGGACGAUGGUACAGAGCCUGCUGGGAUAACAGAGGAAGAGGAAACAAAGAUGGGGUCCUGUCAACAAGAAGGGAACAUGGACAGCUGUGCCAAAGGAGAGGGGAGAACAAUGGUGGAGUUGCCAGAGGAAGUUCUUGAAUAUAUUCUGUCCUUCCUCUCACCUUACCAGGAGCACAAGACUGCUGCACUUGUAUGUAAGCAGUGGUAUCGUCUCAUUAAAGGUGUUGCCUAUCAGUGUUACCAUGGUUUUUUGAGAGCUGUCCAGGAAGGAAAUAUCCAGUGGGAAAGUCGCACAUAUCCAUAUCCAGGAACUCCUAUCACUCAGCGCUUUUCACACAGUGCAUGUUAUUAUGACUCAAAUCAGUCCAUGUAUGUGUUUGGGGGUUGCACUCAGAGUAGCUGCAAUGCUGCCUUCAACGAUCUAUGGAGACUUGACCUCAACAGUAAGGAGUGGAUCCGACCUUUAGCCUCAGGCUCUUAUCCAUCUCCUAAAGCUGGAGCGACUUUAGUCAUGCACAAAGAUCUGCUAGUGCUUUUUGGAGGAUGGACUCGCCCUAGCCCUUAUCCUCUGCACCAACCAGAAAGGUUUUUUGAUGAGAUCCACACUUACUCUCCUUCAAAAAACUGGUGGAACUGUAUAGUAACAACACAUGGACCUCCACCUAUGGCUGGCCACUCUUCCUCUGUAAUUGGAAACACCAUGGUCGUGUUCGGGGGAUCUUUAGGAGCGCGUCAAAUGAGUAAUGAAGUCUGGGUUUUGGAUCUGGAGCAGUGGUCCUGGUCCAAACCGCCCAUAUCUGGCCCAUCACCCCAUCCUCGGGGAGGCCAGUCACAGAUUGUGAUUGACGAUCAAACAUUGCUCAUAUUGGGAGGCUGUGGUGGCCCUAAUGCACUUCUUAAAGAUGCCUGGCUCCUCCACAUGGAUGCACCACCAUGGAGGUGGCAGCAGCUGCAGGUGGAAAAUGAGGACCAUGGAGCUCCAGAGUUGUGGUGUCACCCAGCCUGUAGGGUGGGCCAGUGUGUGGUGGUUUUCUCACAGGCUCCAUCUGGCCGUGCACCUCUCAGCCCAAGUCUUAACUCUCGGCCCUCCCCCAUAAGUGCCAUACCUGCUCCUCUGGGCCCUGAACCGCCUUCCCUGCGCUCCCAGUCUCCUGUUCGGAGCGGGGCUGCUGGUGUUGUUCUGGGAGCUGUAGAAGAGGCUCCAUGUGUAAACGGUCGAUGGGGCACUCUGAGACCUCGGCCUUCAGCGAGAGGAAGUGCCAGAGAUGGGAGUCCAUCCUCAUCCCAACAACAAUCCCCUUCACAGGGCCCAGACAGCCCUCCUCUUCCUCCACUUCCUCCAUUAUUAAAUGGAUCCUCCCCUUCACCUCGGACCAGCCCUGCCCAGGCUGCAUCUCCCCCCUCUCGCCCUCACCUGCCUGCCUCCACAGACUAUGGCUGGGAGUCUCCCCCCUCUGCUGCUCACCAUCCCGAGGUUCCCAGCACCAAUGGCCUGCAUACACCUCCCUCUGGCUCCCCAUGCACUCCCCCAGGAGCAGUGUCACCUGCUGCCUUACGACGAGGGCUGGAGGCAGUGAAAAACAAAUCUUCCUCAUCUUUACCGUCUUCAUCGUCAUCGUCUUCCCUUCAGACACAGGGGGUUUCUCCAGGAGGAGGAGGUGGUGGUGUAGGAGGAGCAGGCCCUCCAGGAACCCCUCCGUCAUCGUCCUCCAGCCCUCCACAGGCUGCUGGAGCUGACGGACAUGCUAUCCCACCUAUUGCGCGGCGUCUCGGCCAUCACCCUCCACAGAGCCUGAACGUAGGAAAACCGCUGUACCAGUCACUCAACUGCAAGCCCAUGCAGAUGUACGUGCUGGAUGUGUCCCGAGCCAAAUCUGCCGGCGUGGUGUCCUGGAGAGUUUACGGGAACGGGACUCCCGCGGCAGUUACGGGGCCACCAGAGACCAGCCUUCACACCGUGGUACAGGGCAGAGGAGAGCUCAUCAUUUUCGGGGGCCUCAUGGACAAAAAACAGAAUGUGAAGUACUACCCUAAAACCAACGCCUUGUACUUUGUACGCGCUAAAAGGUAAUGCACCCCCAGGUGGGUUUGGGGAGACAGACGCUCCGCCCUGUGACCACACAAGGGAACUGACACACAAGGCCUUUUUCUUGUAGGAAGGAUGAUGAGAAAAGAACGUAAUCAUUACUAGAUGUUUCACUUCAGAAAUUCACUAUUCUCCCUUCUGCCUACUGCAAGCAUUCAAAAGAAAACACUUUAACUACACUUUGAUAAAAAACAUUUGCUUGAAUGUGAAAUCUUGACUGUGUGUGUGCGCGCGUGCGUGUAGGUAUGUGUGUGUGUUUGUGACCUCAGUGAUUAGACAGAGCUGGACUUUGGUUGUUAACCAAAAGGUGAACAACCAAACAGUAACGUUUCUGUUUUUCUGUCACCCUCCUCUGAACUCUUGAAAAGAGAGGAACUCUGGAAGAGCGGAUGCUGUUGUCAGAAACGGUUGACGACUACCUUGCUUUUUGUAUCACUCUUUAAGCCUGCAAUGUUUACAUUGAAAACAGUGUGAGUGUGUGUUUGUGUGUGCACGGUGGUGGUUAAAAGUUGUUGAGUAAUGUGUGUCGGGGGCCAUGGUGGCUGAGAGAUGUGGCACUGUACUAUAAACAUAGUUAAACAAUAAAGGCCUCCAUGUCUGCUCUGUCAGCGUCUUAAAA